UGUACAUACAGUUUGACAUCUUGUCCAAGUGGUAUAUUCAUUGGCAGAGGUCAACGCUCAAUGAAGGUGAGCGCCGCGGGAGUCGUGAGGACCUGAGAGUGGUGAAAUUCAUGUAAGGUGAAGGAAAUAAGGUACUGUAAUCAUCAUUAUUAUUCUAAAUCGGUGCUUGUGAACUUUACACCCCUGAAUCUUCCCGCCUUUUUGUGCCUUGGGAUUUGAUGCAUCUAAGAAAUAUAUUGUUAACUGCGCUGCAAUGUUCAGGUCGAAAAGUUGUAGGACAACCAGGAGGUUUACAAAUGCCGAACGUUGCUGUGAUCGGUGCGGGAAUCAUCGGUUUGUCGACCGCGCUUCGUGUCCAACGCGAGGUUAUUGGCGCGAAUGUAACCAUAUUCGCAGAAAAAUACUUGGAGGGAACUACGAGCAUCGGAAGUGGGGGCAUAUUUCGUUGUGGAUCGCUUGCGGUUGCGCCGACUGAUGAACUCGCCUUAACCGCUGCUGCAAAUGCUUUGGCUUUGAUUCAUUUAGUUCUACGUGCUCCAUGUAAUAAAACGUUCGAAUUUAUCUACAGGGAAUGGCUGAAAACAUCGUGGAGUUACUAUCAAGAUGUCCUUCAUUCAGAUGAAGCUUCAGGUGCGGGAUUGACUGAAUUCCCAUGCUACAUGUUUUCGGAUGACGAAAGAUUCACUUGGAAUCAGGUUCUUGCUGACGUCAUUCCGAGCUAUCGAAUGCUUACUCAUCACGAAAUGGAAUUAGCCCCGAUUAAUGCUGUCGGGGGAACAUUCUUCGUGACGAUCUCGGUGGAGACGAGAAAGUUCCUUCCAUGGGCGUUUCAGAAGUUCACGAAGAACGGUGGGAAGUUCGUCCAGCGUAUUCUGAAUAAUUAUCACGAACUUGGUCAAAACUUUGAUGUAGUCGUCAAUUGUGCCGGCAUUGGUGCGAAAAAGCUGGCGAACGAUAGAUUCUUGGAACCUGUUCGUGGUCAAGUGUUCAAGGUGCAAGCGCCGUGGAUCAAAUGUGGUUACUACUUGGGCUUGGAUACCUACAUAAUCCCGAAUGUUGAUCAUGUAACGGUUGGCGGGACUCGUAAUCUCGGUAGUUGGAGUACCGAAGUUGAUCCCCAUGACUCCGAAUCAAUUUGGAAGCGUGCGACAGAUUUGUGUCCUUCCCUGAAAGAUGGAACCGUCCUUGAAGAAUGGGUUGGCUUGAGACCGUACAGGAUUCCAGUGAGGAUCGAGAAGGAGCUUGUCCAAAGUGACGGCGUCACAGUUAAGGUUGUCCAUAAUUACGGCCACGGAGGCUACGGUGUGACCUUGGCCCCGGGUUGUGCCCGUCACUGCGUUAAGCUCAUCCGGGAAGCAUUGGAGGGCAAUAUGGCCAGUGCUCCGAAGAGCAAACUAUGAGUCUAUCGAACGAGGCUGUGAGACUCGUAGUCACCCGAAUUAGAGCUUAUGUUGGUUAAGCUUUUGAGGCAGACUCUCGGAGCUGAAAACAAGUGUGAAACUAAUGUGAUAGUGAAUCAAAGCAUUCCGUAGAAUUAUAUGAAACUGGCGUUCGUAAUUUUCAAGUCGUCUGCUCUUUCAUGUUUCCUUGCGUUUUCAUGCAGUUUUCUGAAGCAAUGUGGGAUUUUGUUUCGUUGAUUGAGUAACAAUUCUGACUUCAUUAAUGUUUCGGAAGCUUGACAUGAGACGACAAUUUUUUCAAUAAAUUGGAAAGAAAGGCUGGCGAAUA